AUGAGCAAAAUAAUUACGCGUUUGUUUCUGUUUCCUUUAAUUUCAGGUGUACCAAAGGCAACAAAUCUGAACCAGCAUAUAGAUCUGCUGUUUGAACUCAGCAAGUAUGUACAGCAGCUACUUCAGGCAGGAGGCUGUGUCCAGUUGGUCAAACCGGACCAUCAGUCACAGAUUGAGGAAGAGUGGAACAAGCUAAGUAGUGUUAUCUCAACAAUCAAUAAAAAGAGAAACCCAGGAGAGAUUCUAGAUGGUCAUACCUUUGAGUUGUUGUUUAUAUACUUUGGUCUACAGAUGUUUGAAGACCCUCAGAACUUACAGGAAUCCCUACUGGAUUUAUAUGUGUGUCAUAAAAAGUCUACAAAUAGAAGAAAGUCUCUUGCCAAAGAUGAUGGACCAGCAUGGAUAGAUGUGAUCACUGAGUUGUUACUUAGUAUGAUGUUUAAGGAGAACGCUUCAUCAAGGUUUAUUGCAAAGCAGGCGAUGACCUUCCUGGCCGAUCAUGUGACCACGUCUACUGUACAGCUUAUUGUUGAUGCAUUGGAACAGACUAGUUUAGACAGUGAAGAGGGCAUGGUAGGUGUCGAAGAUGAUGGUGAUGAUGAGGAUGAUAAUGAUAAAACCCAGAUAGAUGAUGAUGAUGUUGAUGAUGAUGGUAGUUCAAGUGAUGAUGAUGACAAUGAUGAUGAUGACGAUGAUGAAGAUAGUGAUGAUUCUGGUAUUGAGGAGGAGACAGAUGUUAUGGUAUCGGAUAAACUAAAGGAGAAAUUGAAGGUUGCCCUUGGCGAUGCAGCUGGUGAUUCAGAUGAUGAGGAUGAUGAUGAUGAAGAUGAUGAUGACAAAGAUAUUGAGUUUUCAGACAGUGAGAUGUUCAAACUUGACAGUGUUUUAGCCUCAGCCUUCAGAAGUAUGUCUAAGAGCAAGAAAAUGGAUAAACAGAAAACCAGACAAUUGUUGGAUUUCAAAAUCAGAGUUUUAGAUCUUGUUGAUGUUAUCUUAAAGAAUCAACUGUCGCCUGUGAUUACAAAGGGAUUUAUCCUGCCUCUUCUAAACCUGGUAGAGAGGGGAUUAAGGAGAAAUGAUGAGGAAAAUUUGGGUAACAGAGCACAAAACACACUACAGUUUCUUCUUAAACAGAAGAAGGUAAAACCAGAAGAUGAAGUCGACAAAGAUGAGCUGCUAGAAAUGUUGGAAUAUUUGAUGAAGUGCUCCAAUAAAGUUCCAGUACCCAGCUUUAUACAAACCACAGGAAAUGUAAGUGUGUAUGUGUUAAAAUUGUUGCUCCAAGAUUCUGGGCUAUCACCUCUGAAAACACGGUCAAAAACUGGAAAUAAGCAAAAGAAGCCAGCUUUCUACAAAGAGAAGGUUGAAGCCAUGAUGAGGUCAGCCAUCUUGGAUUUAUUAGGUCAUAAACCAGGACAUUGCCAGCCAGCUUUCUUCCAUAUGUUGAUUGUGAAAUUUCCAUUGAUAUUUUGGUCUUCAUACAAAGACUUGACAAAUGCAGUUCAGUCACAAGAUGCCAAGGCUUUUGAUAGGACCCAGGCAGCUGCUUUCUUGGCCAAUAUGAUCAGCAAGGAGAUGUUUGAUGAAAUUAAGCCAGAAGAUUGGACACAAUUUGUAAAGAGCUGGAAAUCAGUGGCAACUGAGGUUAUCAAAGAGAUGGCAUGUGAGGGCAAAUUUAAGAAGAAUUUAUUGGAGGAAGUGGUUGCAACUUGUAACCAGAUAAAUCUUGUGUCACCAGGACAGCUGAGUUUAGAUGAAGACGUUUUACAGAAAUUGUUGGAGAUGAAAAAAAAGUGUGAUAAAUCAAUCAGAAAAACCAUCAAUAAGUUAACAACAGGAAUUGAAAGAACUGGUAUUAAGAGGAGAAAGAAGAAUGAGAAAUUAGAUGAAGUAGAUGGUCCAUCUGCUCCAAAGAAAAUAAAUAUGCAAGACCAGUCUGUUUCCAUAGAUGAUGAAAUUCCUGAUAACCAGUCAGCAAAGGAGGUGAAACACAAAAGAAAAGGCAAGAAGUCUAGAAAAUCUGAGAACCUGUCAGAUGAAAAGAAUGCUGAAAUGUUAAACCAGUCUGUAACCAAUGGUGAUGACAUUAGCAAAGAGCCAAUAAAAUCCUUUGUUGAAGAUCUUGAAAGAGAUAGCACAAAACAGCAGGGACAUGAUGUCAACACACCAAAGUCUCAAAAGAAGAAAAUGAAAAGAAAAUCUAAAGGGUCUUGUACUAAUGAGGCAAUGGAGGAUGAACAUGUUGCGGACAUGGAACCAGUCAUAGUGAAAUUGAAUAAAGAAGAGAACCAGUCAACAACAAAUGAUUGUAGCGUUUUGGAAGAAUCAUUUGAUGUAUCAGCAUCAGGAAAGAAAAAGAAAGUGAAAAAGUCAAUGAAUUCUACAGCAAGUGAUAGCAAUGUUUUGGAGGCACCACCAAAUGUAUCAGCAUCGGGAAAGAAAAAGAGGAAGAAAUCUAUGAACUCAACAUGAUAUGUUUAAAUGUCAAAAAAGGUUUUAUUGUAAAGUUAAGGAUGAUCAUUUAGAAAUGGGUAGGGGGAUACUGAUUUGAAAAAGAUGUGUAUUAACUAAAAAGAUAUAGAUGAAUUCUAUAAAGUUUAUGAAUCAUUGUAAAAAAACGAUUCCACUAUCUAUGUAUAUAGUAUUCAAAUUGUUUAAUUACAACUUGAAUUUAAGUUUGCAGACAAAAUAAGUGAAAGUUUGUUAAAAAUGUAUGUAUGACAUAAUUAUUUAAGACAGUUAGUUUAAGUCAUCAUUUUUAUCAGGAUAUCAAGAAUUGGAAAAUGUUAUUGAUAAAAUAUGUAAAUAGAAAUUAUUGUUUGAAUCACUAUAUUCAUUUGCAGGAUCACCAUCCAUCAGGCCUGUUAUUGUUAUUUUUUUGGUACAGCACAUUUGAAACAUCAUUUUUCAUUAGAUAGUCGUGAUGUUGACAUUAAUCUAGACAUGAGUUAUUGUCCUUAUAUUUUUUUCAGUCUUAAAAAAACAUCAUGAUUAUAUUCACAACAAAGAAAUCAAAUGAAUGUCUUGAAACUAGGAAUUGUUAAGUUUGAGCCCUGAUAAGGUCACGGCCAUAUUUCAUUGCAAUGCAAAAGAACUUGAUAGUGGAUCAAAAUUAUUUACAAGCUUUCUUCACAAACUUGAAAAGUAGAAAUAUUUAACUUAUAAAAUUAUGUACAAAUUAAAGCAUCUGAAAAAUCAAGGAAUUAUUAUAAAAAAUCAAGAAAUAUUUUUGUCAUAUACAUGUACUUGUUUGUAUGUAUAUUUGAUAUUUAAAUGGUAUAGCUUACAGUGUGACCAUACCAUUUACUUCCAUUUCAUGCUUUGGUAACAUGGCAAGCCGAAAUAUUAAAUAAACUGCUCAAUUCAAAUGAUAAAACUCAUGUUUACAUGUAUUUCUUUAUCAAAUAUGACCAAAUAAAAUGGAGGCUAAGGGAAAAUUAGUACAUCAUAAUUGUAUGGUAAUGAUUAUUUUGACACAUGGACAGUUUGGGCCUAAAAUGGGAAAAUGGUAUGGUCAGAAAAAACAUGGGAUAUGAUAGCUUUCCUGUUUCUGGGCCAAAACUGUCCAUCUGUCAAAAAUCAUAACCAAGCACUUUUGAAAUACAACGUUUUCUCUUAAUCCGCUUUAUUUGGUCAUAUUUGAUAAAGAAUUCGCAUGUGUUCUAAGAUUCGAAACUGGCAGUUUUAUUUAUGUUUGCUGUUUUACCGAAAAACAAUGUCAAAAUCACAGUGUAUGGGCAACGUUUUAAGAUUCUGUCAAGCUGCAGGCAAUAAAUUUUAAAGAAUUA